GAGAGUUGCAGCGGUCUCUCGGGUAAAACUUUUCUUUCCCUUCCCUUUGAAUCUUUUGGUUUGAGACUGGAAGCUUCGUCCGUCCUUGGCCAGCUUCCUCGGGAUUUUGCACAAAAGCCUGACUUGCCCCUUUUCCGAGGGGAGAAAAACCUGGGGGGAUUCCAGUGACUUUUGCGCCUUGGGAGAAGCAGUUGCCUACGGGUGACUCGAAGACGUUUGAAGCAGAAAUUGUUUUGCGAUCUGUCUUGGCAUGGGCGACCAUUCCCACACCUGGUGGAGAAGAUCAGUAUCUGGAGGUGUCACAUUUACCGCUGUCUUGCUGAAACGACCCAAGGUGUGAGGAGGAGAGGGACAAGUCUCUUGGCCCAGCAGCCAUGCCAUUUGGGCUGAAAUUGCGGAGGACCAGGCGCUACAAUGUCCGGAGCAAGAACUGUUUCAUGACCCGGAUUCGCUUGUUGGACAACAAUGAGAUUGAGUGCACACUGUCCGUGGAGAGCACUGGGCAAGAAUGUCUGGAGGCCGUAGCUCAGAGGCUGGAAUUGCGAGAGACACACUACUUUGGCCUUUGGUUUCACAGCAAGAGCCAGCAAGUGCGAUGGGUGGAGCUGGAGAAACCUCUGAAAAAGCAGAUGGACAAAUUUGCCAGCGAGCCCUUGCUUUUCUUUGGGGUCAUGUUCUACGUACCCAGUGUUGCUCGAUUACAGCAAGAAGUCACAAGGUAUCAGUAUUACCUACAAGUAAAAAAAGAUGUUAUUGAUGGGCAAUUGCGAUUUUCAGUGGAGCAAGGCAUACGGCUAGCUGCAUUGGCUGUUCAAGCUGAUUUUGGAGACUACAAUCACUUUGAAUCUCAAGAUUUUCUCCGAGAAUAUGUUUUGUUUCCUAUGGAUUGGCCUCAAGAUGAAGCUGUGCUAGAGGAACGCACUCAAAAAGUAGCUCAGGAACACAAAAAUCACAGUGGCACACCUGCAGCAGAAGCGGAAUUCCUUUACAUCAGUGAAGUUGAACGUCUGGAUGGGUUUGGUCAGGAAAGCUUCCCUGUGAAGGACAAUCAUGGAAAUGACGUGCAUCUUGGAAUUUUCUGUAUGGGGAUUUUUGUAAAGAACCGAAUUGGAAGGCUCACGGUGAUCUACAGGUGGAAUGAUAUUGGAAAUAUAACACACAACAGGUCCUCGAUUGCCGUGGAACUCAUCAACAAGGAAGAAACUCUGCUCUUCCACACCGAUGACCUUGAAAAUGCCAAGUAUAUUUCACGCCUGUUUGCUGUGAAGCACAAGUUUUACAAACAGAAUAAAAUCUGCACAGAACAAUCAAAUUCUCCUCCCCCCAUCAGACGGCGGCCCACCUGGAGUAAAUCAUCCUUGCCAAGGCAGCACCCAUAUAUUUUGCCUCCUAUGCAUGUCCAGUGUGGCGAACCUUACCCUGAAACUCACAAUUCACAAGACAGCAUUUUCCAUGGAAAUGAAGAAAUGUUUUACUAUCGAUCUCAGACUAGUUUGGAUAGAUGUGCAAUGGACUACAGCUACUUGAAUGGCAAUGUCCCCAAUGGCAGUGUGUGCAGUGCCCAAAGUAUGAACUCUCUGAACCGAUCACAGAAUUUCAUUCAGGCUUCUCCAAUGUCCUCCAACCUCAGCAUCCCUGGGAGUGACAUCAUGAGAGCAGACUACAUCCCUAGCCAUAGGCAUAGUGCAAUCAUUGUACCUUCCUAUCGGCCAACGCCAGACUAUGAAACUGUAAUGAGGCAAAUGAAUAGAGGAAUUAUUCAUACAGACAGCCAAAGUCAGUCAUUGCGGAACCUCAAUAUUGGGAACACUCAUGCUUACAACCACCCCAAAGACCUUGUAUAUAGCCAACCUGAAAUUCGAGAAAGAUCUCCUUAUACUAUAACCUAUGGGCCCCAAGGCACUUACAAAAAACAUGUCACUCCAUCUGAGCAAAUGAACCCCAUAAAUCCCACACAGACUAAAGCAGCAGCCAGUGCUAUUUCCCACACAGUCAGCACACCAGAGCUGGCCAACAUGCAGGUGCCAAAUAACCAGAGAGGUGGCACAGCCCAUGUACUAAAAAACUACGUUUUCAGACCACCACCCCCAUAUCCACGUCCACGCCCUGCUACCAGCACACCUGAUCUAGCAAGCCAUCGCCACAAGUAUGUUAGUGGCAGCAGCCCUGACCUGGUCACUCGGAAAGUCCAGAUGUUGGUGAAGACCUUCCAAGAGGAUAGCUCUCCAGUCAUCCACCAGUCUCUCCAGGAAGUCAGUGAACCCCUUAGGGCAGUCAAGCAUCAUACGCCUGUCAGCAAGCGGCAGAGUUUGGAAGUCAUCAGCAACAUGGUGCGUGGCAUAGAGGCCAUGACUUUAAAGAGUCUGAAUGCUCCUUUACCACGCAGAAAUACUUUGCGAGAGCAGGUGCAGCCAGAGGAAGUAGUGGAGUUCCCUCACUACCAUCACAAGAAGACCUUCUCAGAUGCCACCAUGCUGAUACACAGCAGUGAAAGUGAAGAGGAGGAGGAAGCCUCAGAAUCUGUGUCCUCUAUGGCAGCAUUCCAUGAAAACAUGGAGUACAGUGCUCAGCUGCAAGCUGCCUUGGCUAGAAUACCAAACAAGCCUCCCCCUAAGUAUCCCGGUGCCAGGAAAAGUGUUAGCAAUGGAGCCUUGAGAAAUGACCAGAUGAACAUUGCGUUGGCUGUGUCUCGUGCCAAGGCCAUGAGACCAGGGCCUACAAAAGCCAUCAAUGUAUGUCGAACUGAUCCAACCGCGGUGAAUGGCUCUUCGCUCGGCCCAUCGAUCUCAGAACCAGACCUGACCAUUGUCAAGGAGAGAGUCAAGAAAGAGCCGGUGAAGGAGAGGCCUGUAUCUGAAAUGUUUUCCAUUGAAGACAGUAUCAUAGAAAGAGAGAUGAGGUAUCUAGAGAAACAGAAGAUGGCAGGCCUGGAGGCCCAGAAGAGGCCCUUGAUGUUGGCAGCGCUCAAUGGUCUCUCAGUUGCUCGAGUUCCAGUGCCUGAGGAUAGCCAGGAUGAAGUAGCCAAGGUGCCAAUGGAUGAGCGGUGCAAAAUCUUGAGGAGAAAGCUGGAAGAAGGAAUGGUAUUCACUGAAUAUGAGCAGAUUCCGAAGAAGAAGGCAGAUGGAAUCUUUACCACAGCAAUGCUUCCUGAAAAUGCAGAGCGUAACCGGGUGCGGGAAGUCAUUCCAUAUGAGGAGAACCGAGUGGAAUUGGUACCAACCAAAGAAAACAAUACUGGCUACAUCAAUGCCUCACAUAUAAAGGUUACAGUAGGUGGGGAAGAGUGGCACUACAUAGCCACACAAGGACCUUUGCCACACACCUGCCAUGAUUUCUGGCAAAUGGUGUGGGAAGAAGGGGUGAAUGUGAUCGCCAUGGUGACAGCAGAGGAGGAAAGAGGAAGAACGAAGAGCCACCGUUACUGGCCCAAGUUGGGCUCCAAGCACAGCUCAGCCACAUAUGGGAAGUUCAAGGUGACCACCAAAUUUCGCACUGAUUCUGGUUGCUAUGCCACGACAGGUCUGAAGGUCAAGCACCUUUUGUCGGGGCAGGAAAAAACAGUGUGGCAUUUGCAGUAUACCGACUGGCCAGAUCAUGGUUGUCCAGAAGAACAAGGCUUCCUCUCCUAUUUGGAAGAGAUACAGUCUGUGCGCCGCCAUACCAACAGUGUUCUGGACAGUAGCAACAAUUGCAACCCUCCCAUUGUGGUGCACUGCAGCGCUGGCGUGGGGAGGACAGGGGUAGUUAUUUUAACAGAACUUAUGGUUGGCUGUUUGGAGCACAAUGAGAAAGUGGAUGUUCCGGUGAUGCUGCAACAUCUGAGGGAUCAGAGGAUGUUCAUGAUCCAAACCAUUGCUCAGUACAAAUUUGUCUAUCAAGUGCUCAUCCUGUUCCUACAAAACUCCAGGCUUAUUUAGCGUCCUCUGAAGAGACUCUCCCUUCCCUCUCCGCUCAUCACAUCUGCAACCUUGUGGCUUUGCAGGUCUCUUCUCCAACGAUGACUAUGUCUUUCCGUAUUGUGUGGCACUCCCAGAAUCGCCUCACGAGUAAGGGGACCAUGUUAUUCCCAAGAUUAUUUUAUACAAGAUAAUUUAUUUUUCCCCCUUGUGUUGAACUGUUGUGUGGAUUUCUUUAAAUUUGUGAAUCAUGACAACUUUGGAAUUGAACCACAUUUGAAAUGACUGAUCUGCAUUGUAACGUGAUAGUGAGGGAAGAUGUUCCUAUCUGAUGGUGGUGUUCUCUUGACCUUUGUGUUACUGUAUGACAGGUGAGGCAGUGGCUCAUUAAAAAUUUUUUUGUAGUAAUAACAUUAUUUUUAAUCCUUCUCCAGGGCCAUGAAAAUAGGAGAAAAGACCCUACUAUAGAUUUCAUGUCAUUCCAAUCUGACUGCAAGUACAUAAAUUUCCAUAGCUGAGGAACAGAAUAAGCUAGAAUUACAUCUGAGCAGCAGGACAGCCAGGGUGCAAAUCUUUUAACAUCCAGCAGUGCCUCCAUGUAUGCAACUACAACACAGUUUGGAUGUUGUAACAAGAUCAGUCUUAGGGGCCCUGGAACUGUCUCAUCAGCCUGUGUUCCCCAAAUGAUGGUGAAUCCUACUCACCUGAUUCAGGAAACAGAUUUUAUUAACUGCAUAGUAUAUAAUGUCAAAUACCUGGGGGAGGCAUCUUUCUAUGGCUUUGUGUAGGCAUUUUAAAGGGAUAAUCUGAUGAGAAGUUGAAGAAUAAGAAAUUAGAUUUAUACCCCGCCCUUCAUUACCCAAGGGAGUCUCAGAGCGGCUUGCA